CGCCACACCGCUGGAUCGGGAGGGCAGAUGCAAGUAGUAAAAACAACGCGUUCUUGCAUGCAUUUAAAUUAUCAAACAAUUGUUUGAUGGUAGAUUUUUUGAAAGUGCAGCGUGCUAUUCGAUGUGGAACAAUGCUGCAAGAGAACCCCGUUGCUGGUCGGACUGUUUUUAUUGUCCCACUUGGCCAUUAUCAGUGCUCAUAACUGGUUACGAAGCGUUUGAACCUACUGUAUAUGCAUCGCUAUCUUAUCAAUUUAUUUUCUAUUUCGAUAACGUUAACGUUAGAUGUAUAGUUGAUUCUAUUUUAGAAAUAUAAAUGCUACCAGAAGAUACGAGGUGAGAAACAGAACUAAGAAUAUCUGCAGGGAAGUCCAAACUGCAGAAAAGCUAAGAAUGAAUAUACUUAUAGUUUUGUACCCACAUGUCUCGUCUAAAUGUUGCAGCAUUAACGUCAGGUUUUAUGGAUCUGCCCGAAAGAGAAACGUACCGUAGUAGGCUACAAUACACAAUGCCGAUAAAGACCCUCAGUGAUGGCGGCGUUGUGGUCAAACAUCUCCGCCAUCUUGCCUCCGGACGAGGCCGGCUUCCCGCUCCAGUUCAGCGACAGCGUGCACUCCAGUGUGGCGGAGUUGCUGCUACGCUGCAGGCGGCGGCUGUACACUGACAGGAGCCUGAGGAUCCUGAACCCCCGGGACCACGCGCUGACCCUCGCCCAGAUGGUCACCGACCUCUCCUGGGAGCGGCUCAACACGGGCACGUGGCGCGACGUGGACAAGGAGUGGCGGCGGGUCUACGCCUACGGCUGCCUGUUCAAGGCCCUGGCGCUGUGCCGCGGGGACCCGUCCCCGGAGAGAGUGCGCCAGGCCGUCAGGACGUGCGACAUGGGCUUGAUGAUGGGCGCGUCCAUCAUGGACAACGUUCUCAACAGCCUGGUGCAGAUCCUGCAGACAGAGGUCAGGAGAGCCACCAAGGAGGAGGUUCCCACGGAGCCCCGAGUUCAAGCAAAGAAGAUCAAGCUUGAAGUCCCACCUGCUCCUGUUAUUGAACAAACCACUGCAGUUCCCAGGAUGAAUUGCCCUUCACUGGAACGCUUCAAGAACAAUAAUCUGCUCACCAACCAGCCAGUUAUUCUGGAAGGAAUAAUAAACCACUGGCCAGCCCUUAACGACCACAGCUGGAGCCUAGAAUACAUAAGAUCAAUUGCUGGAUGCCGAACGGUGCCAGUGGAAGUUGGGUCAAGAUACACCGAUGAGGAGUGGUCACAAAGACUGCUUACUGUCAAUGAAUUCAUUGAUAAAUACAUUUCAGUAAAAGUGGAGGACGGACCAGUGGGGUAUUUGGCCCAGCACCAGCUCUUUGAUCAGAUCCCCGAGCUGAAAGAAGACAUCCGCAUCCCCGACUACUGUUGCCUGGGCGACGGAGACGAGGACAACAUCACCAUCAACGCGUGGUUCGGCCCCUCGGGAACAGUCUCCCCACUCCACCAAGACCCCCAGCAUAACUUCCUGGCUCAGGUGUUGGGAAGCAAGUACAUUCGCCUAUAUUCCCCCAGCAACAGUGGGAGGCUCUACCCUCAUGAAUCACCGCUCCUCCACAACACCAGCCAGGUGGAGGUGGAGAAUCCCAACGUACAGCGCUUCCCAGAGUUUGUGGACGCUCCCUACCGGGACUGUGUUCUGAAGCCCGGGGAGGUACUCUUCAUCCCCACGCAGCACUGGCACUAUGUGCGCUCCCUGGAGCUCAGCUUCUCAGUGAGUUUCUGGUGGUCGUGACGCACAGAACUGACACUGUAUAGAUUUUUGUAUGAUUGUAAUAAAACAAGUUUAAAAUC